AUGUCUGCAACAACAUCUGGAACUGCAUCGUAAUCACCAGGCUCAGCCCCAAGAAGGAAGAAGAAGGGAUCCAUGUAUUCUCUUGCCUCCUCAGCUAGGAGAGCUAGACCUAUGAUGAAGGAGGAAUUAAUUGGAAAGAAAAUCAAUGAUUUGUUUAAAGAAAAAGAAAUGAAGAUGAUAAGAGGAAUAGAAACAGCUAUCUUUGAAGACAAUCAUAGAAUCUACACAGAAAAGAGAUCCUAAUAUGCUGCUUAACUAGAUGAGUUAGAAAAAGAGAGAGGCAGAAUAACAAGAAGAAAGAAGAAUAAAAAGGACAAGCUCAAAUAGCUGCGGCAAAACAUAAAAUUGAAAAUGCAAUAUAUUACAAAAGCUCUUAAUGAGACUGUCAAAUAUUAUAAAUCGCUUUAUUAUGAGAAUGAUUACUACAGAUAGAAGAGAGUAAUGGAACUUGAUGAAGUAGUUGAAAUGGAUGAAGAGCAGAAGAAAGAGAAUAAGUUGAAGCAAAUGAAUGAUUUCUUCUAAUCUCCUUUUAAAGAUGACAAAAGGUUUGCAAUUACUUACAUAUCUCAAUUAACCAGAGAUAAAUUGUAUGGUCAUUUUAUCUAUUUAACAUUAUUUAGACAAGAGUCAGACACAAUUGUCAAUUAAAUAUUCUUUGAUAAAAUAUUCAAUCUACUGCUUGAGACAGAUGAUGAGAGAAAUAAGUUAAAGUCCUUUGAAAUACUUUGCAAUUUGAUCCAUUCUGAUAUAUAGAGAAAAAAAUUAGCCGAGCAAAACUACUUUCAGAGAGUAUAUGAUGGUUUUAAUUAGCCUAAACUUGAUAAUAGAACAAUGGAAAAGCUAUCGUGGAUGACUACACUUAUUUGCUUCUAUCCAGAUAUGAUUGAUCAAAUCAUAAAGUUAAAUCUUCUAGAAUUUAUAAUCAAAAUUUCAGGUUACUAAUACCAAUCAAAUAUUAGGUCAAACGCAGUGUUAGCUUUAAGUCUACUUACUUAUCAUGAGAAAAUGUUUGAUGAGCUUAUUUCAAGAGGAGUUAUUGAUUUAGUAAUGGAUUUAUGCAAGGAUAGUAAUGGUGAUAUCCAAGUAAAAUAAUUCAGUACUCUAGCUUUGGUUCACUUCGCUCUUAAUAAGCAAUCAAUAAGCAUACUAAUAGACAAAGGUGUAAUGGAUUUAUUCAAUAGUUUCGCCUCGAUUGAUAACGGAAUAAUUUAAACAAACGUUUCUUGGAUUUUCUUGGCAUUGUGUAACAAUGGAAUCACUGGCAAGACAAUGCUUGAGAAUGGAAUUACAAGAGAUAUGUUUUUGGUAUCAUGCAACCCAUAGUUCAACUAAAUCAGGCAUUUGGUUAUAGCUGGUUUUGCUGAACUUGGAAGAUGUACAGAGCUGAAGGAUGUCGAUGAAAGAUUACUAAGUGCAGAAAUGCAAAAAAUUAAGGAAACAGCUAUUGUUGGAAUGCAUAGAAAUUUCAAAGAGAACCUUACAAAGUAAUAUCAUAUUGGGCAUUAAAGGACUAUAUCUUACUAAAUCAUGAGAAUCUCAUAAAAGAUCUUAAUGGUGUCAUUCAGACAUUCAUCAAUGGUUGUAUUUAUCCUCAAGAAGAUGUUAAUUGAUUAAUCAAACUUCAUUCUUGAUGCACUUAUGCAUCUAACAGGCUCAACCUCAAAAUUCAUAAGAACCCGAGCCUUUUCAACUUUAAGUACUUUAUCAACUUAUGCGUCUUCAAGCCAAAACAUCAUGGACUAGAUCUCGAGAGAUAUCAAGCUGCCAAGCAAUAAAACGAGCAAAAUGUAUUACGAUUUUAUUUCAGCUAGACUUAAAAAUAACCUUUAAUAAUUCGAUGGGCUAUAUAAAACUCAUGAAAUUGAAUCUAAAUAUGCAGGGUUAUAUUGCCUACUUAGAAUAGCAAAAGAUCCAAAGGAAGAAGUUAUAAAUGAAGCAGCUGAUUAACUUUACUAAUUCAUAUUCUCUGGUAAAGUAGCACAGAAGGAUGGUUUGAAUGAAGCCUUUUUUAUUUAUGUAUUCCAUGCACUUAAGUUCUCAAAAGAUCAUAUAAUUUUACUAAAGAUUUUGAAAGUUAUCAAAUUCUAUAUCAAGCAUAACUCUCCUAUGUAAAAGGAAGUAAUUAAUCCUGAUACGAUUUUAUGGCUUUUAGAAAUCUUAGAACAGCAUAAAUCAAAGAAACUUCUUGGAUGUAAAGCCUCAAGAACAUUAUUGUAGAUCGUUAGUGAGCAUCAAAUCGUAUUUGAUUAUUAAGAAGUAGCGAUCAUUAAGAAAUUCAAUUUGGCAUUGUAAAACUUGGAUGUCUUUGAUUCUUAGUAAGAUCAAGAAGAAAAUUAAGAAAUAUUAACCUAGAUAAUGUCUUCUCAAAAUGUUUAGAACACUUAACAGACUUAGAAUGAAGGUAAAACUUCCUAAUAAAAAAUAGAAGAACCGUAGUCUUCUAUUGAGGAACCUCUAAAUCCCUAUGAAAUGAAUGAAUAGUAGCUCUAGUUGAUUUUAGAUAAUGAUGGAGAGGUGAAAUCAAGAAAGAGUCAUUAAAUAAUAAUCCAAAAUGAGGACUUGAAAAUAGAAACUAAUUCAAAUAUGACAAAAUCUUUCAAUUAAGAUGAUUAGAAGUCAAAUUAAGACAAAAUGAGCUAAAAAUCUGCUUAAAAUUUGGUAGAAAUUGAUCGAGCUAGUUCUAAAUCUUAAUCUAUGAGCUAACAGUAGAAUAAACAUGAUUUAGGAUAGGUCCUAAGUGAAAAAUCAAUUUUAUCAAUGCAAUAGCAAUAAAAUGUAAAUGGGAAUGAUCGACUAUCAAACAAAAAAUCUGUGGAUGCUUAAAAUUAGCAAGAAGUUUAAUCUUAAUUGCAAAAGCUCAAUGAAAUGACUUAAAAUUCUAAAAAUGCAACUCAAGAUUUAGAGCAAAAUAAAUCAUUUGUUAGUGCCAAUCAAUCAAUGUCAUAAGAGUCAAAUAUCAACAACGACUCGGCAUUUUUAAAAGCACAGCAAAAACUAAAGGAGAAUCAAAAGAAUGUUUCAAAGAUGCAGACUCUUAGAGACUCUCUGAUAUAAUCCAAAAAAACAGUAACAAAGGGUAAAAAACCAAGAAUGAGUAUCCUAUAAGGGAACUUAAACUUUAGCGUUGACUCUAAUGGCCAGCCUAAGAAUAUUGAACAAAAUGAUAACAUCUAUGGUGAGGACGAAGAUACUGAGUCAGAUGAAUCAUUUUUAUCCACCUAAGAUGAUGCUGUGCUAGAUCAGUAUCUAAGAGAUUCUUUAAUAAAAUCCUUUAUGGAAAGGAUGCUUUCAAAAGAGGUAAUUUUAGGAAUCACUCACCUGCUUGAACUUUCAGAUGAGUAAGAUAUUAUCAAGAAUACUGUCAAAGCCUGUACUUAUCUUAGUAUGAACUACGAGUUUGUAAGUUCAAAGCUUAGUCUUGAUGUGCUUAAAAAUUUGAUGCCACUAUUAACUAUUUUCUAAGGUGAUGACAAACUGCAUCUUAUUUACUCAAUUUCAAAUAUUCUGAAAGGAGAUAAUGACAACAAAAUGUUCUUUUUUGAAAAGGAUGGGAGCAGCAUGUUUCUUAGAUUAAUACUUGAUACUCAAGAUGAGAAACUCAUUGAAAUAUGCACAUCAAGUUUAAAAGAGUUGGGUUCAUUUAAAAAGACUAUAUAAGGUAUCAUAAUAAAAGAUGAAGAACUAAUUAAAAGGGUAUUCGCGAAAUGCCUUGAGAUAACUGAUUAAUGGAAAGAAAACUAAAUUGUCCACAGAAAAUAGAUAAAAGAGUCCAGGAAAAAUCUUGAUGAUGACCCUUAUCAAUAAAGUGACAACAUUUUUUCUGAAGGUGCCUUAAAUUCCUAAAAUAGUGGAAGAGGAAAUAUGAAUGAUAGGGGCUUCAAAGAUCAUAAUCUAAUGCAAAAGCUUAUCAAGAAUGAUGGAGAUGAGAAAAAAUCUUCUCUUUUCGCAUCAUCCUGUGCUCAAAUCCGUAAUUCAAUUUACUAUGCCAUAGCGAAAUCAAUUAAGAGAGGACUGUCUGUUGCAUAUCUGAGAGAUUAGUGCCAUUUAUUGGAUAGAAUUAUCAAUGAUCUGCAUGAUUAUGAGGAAAAUUGGUUUAUUUUUGAAAAUGUGCUUUUGGCCUUAAAUGCUUUUGAAAUUGAACCAACUAUCAUAUACGAAUUAUUAAACUCUAAAUACGAGAUGAUUUUCUAACUUAUAUAAACUUAUCCUAUAAAAGAUAACAGAAUAUCGCUUUUGAAAGUUAUCAUUAAUUUGAUUUUGAGAUCAAUGGAGAUCCUAAGCAAAAAUGUCAAUCUUUUCAAAUAGCUAUUUGAAUUGAUAUCUUAUCAAAAGGAUCUUGAAGUUUAAGAGAAUGUAAUAUGGCUUGUGAGUGCAAUGAUUGAUCAAUCCUCCAGCCAGAACAUAAUUAGAAAUGUACUGCAAACUUUGAAAACCUUGACAACCAUGACAAAGAUCAAUGAAUUCCUUGACUAGUUUAAGAGUCUAGAUUUGUUCUCAAGACUUCAACUAAUCACAUAGGCUCCAUAUUUGGUUAACUAGGGCUUCUUGCACAUAAUGAUUAAUGAAAUAAACAAUAAUAACUAUUUGAUAGACAAUCAAUAUCAUGGACAGGACUUACUAGAUAUUGAUGAGGAUUUCUAAGAUCUAUCGUACGGGAAAAUGCCUAAUGAAAAACUCCUCAAGAUAGCUGAAUAGCUCAAUUUGAAAAACUUAACAUAAGGAGGACUAAUUAACUUGGAUGAUGACUUUUUCGAGGAUAUUGAUAAGAUAAACAAUAGCAAUCAAUUAAUAGAAGAAAUAAUAGGCACAAUAGCAAAUAUUUCUGCGUUUAAUGAUUCUCACAGCUAAUUGAUUGAUCUAGGAUUGCUUGAUAAAUUCAAAAAUAUCCUGGGUUUAUUCUGUCCUUUCCAAUACUAAUUAGGAUACAGAGUACAAUAGAACCAGGAAUAAGUAGAACUUACUGCAAUGAGUCUAGGAAACAUUAAGAUUCUUAAAUCAAUCUCAUAGACUAUUUACAAUCUCACGCUGAACACUGAGUUCUAGGAGACAUUGGUUAAAAAGGAUAUUGUAUUGAUCAUGAGACAUGAGGGUUGUAUAAAUGACUAUGAUUUACUGACAAACUUAUACAUGAGUUUUGGAAAUUUAAUUCUAAGCAAAAGUGAUCAUAUUAAGAAGAGAGCAGUGGAAUUAGGAUGUCUUGAGCAUCUUAUGGAUGUAAAUGAAAGUACAUAAUACUUGAGAAUUAGAAGAAUAUGCAAUCAAAUACUUCAGAAAACAGAUGCACAAUUAUUCGAAUAUAAUGACUAGAUUAAGAGUAACUAUUGA